AUGCUGCUCGACGCCGAAGGAGGUUUACCCAUGUGUCAUCCUCCCUGUCACGCAUCAACAGUCAUGAUGCAAGACGAUAGUGGGUGGGCAGAGACGGAUAGGUUGAUCCAAGUGCUGCGCGAAUCAUUAUGCACCUUUGGCGAGGAGCUCCAACAUAAGAAGCCUGUUCGCAGAGAUGCACCACAGGCCUCUGUAAAGCCUAAACAAACCGAGUCGCCGUAUUGGGCGUCCUCUGCUGAGAGCUACAUACCCAAUCAGGCGUGGGGCUCUGUUUCCCAAGCAGACGUCGAUCCAGUGUCAAGAACCCUUGAAGCUCUUGUUGGGCAGGGCGCACAGCUGGGGCAAGUCUCCCCCGAGAACACCACACAUGACAGUCUUCACCACCCGUCAACUAUUGUUCAACAAGACGUUCUCAAUGAUGUCGGACCCAAUUUUCUGGCACCACCUGCGGCUUUGUCGCUCAACAAUACGCACCUCUCUCCGCAGGAGCUUACCACGGACGGGCACUUGGUCCGGCCUCUGCUGCCACCAGACACCGUCUUCUCUCCAGGUGUGGCAGAUCAACUCCCGUCAGACGUGACGUUCAAGCUGAGGAGCCCCGUGAAAUCGCCCUUCUUCUGCCCAGAGUCGCCCAAACCAUCACCUAAGACUAGGCGGCCUGUGGCCGGCACUGUCUCCGCCAUACCCUUUCCACCCCUGACGGCGCCAUGCUUCAGUCUCAUCCAGGAGAAACUUUCGCACGACCCCUUUUGGCUCCUCAUUGCCGUCACAUUCCUGAUCAAAACAGCAGGCACGUUGGCAAUACCAGCCUUUUACAAGGUAAAAGAACGGUUUCCCACGCCAGAGCACCUCGCCACGUCCGGGGCAACAACAGCAAUCACAGACAUGAUUCGCCACCUCGGGCUCGCAGUGAAUCGCACUUCCAUGAUCCAGAAGUACGCCAGGUUAUGGACCGAGACCCCGCCACAGCCUGGUGUGGUAUAUCGAGUGCGAGGCUACGACAGGCGGGAGGUCCCUGGCGAGCUGCCACUCGAUGCUACAACGCCGACAAACAACAGAGAGGCAGGCGAUGCAUGGGAGAUUGGACACAUGACGCAGGGAAAGUAUGCGCUCGACAGUUGGCGGAUUUUCUGCCGAGACGUGCUGCUCGACCGGGCCCAGGACUGGAACGGCCUCGGAGCGCCACCCGAGUUCCAGCCCGAGUAUGUGCCUCCUGACAAUCGCAAAGAAUAG